ACCUAGGUGACCUAUUGACCUCUUUUACAGUAAAUAUGGCUGCUGAUGGAAAUUGUUGUCUUUAGUGUCAGUGGAAAAUGUCGUCAUUUCUCUUGAAGCAAGUCUCUGGUCUUAGGAAUAACCCUGUUCUAGGAGGAAGAUGGUCUUUCUUCUACUGCAAAUAUUGCUCUAGUGUCUUCAUUGAUAAUGCAACAAAAAACCGGUCUCCACAAAAGUACAGUGCCAGCGCAUACCCUCAAGUCUUUCCUUCAGAUCAUCCAACACUUCAAAGUUCCAUCUUCAAGUCCAAAUAUCUUAUACAUGGAGGGGAUGUCAGGGCAGCGUCACUCGCACAGUACAGAUUUCCUAUUAGACACGUUUCUUCUGUAUAUGAAUCCUCCUCACCGGUGCAAACUUCAUACUCAUUACACUUGAACAACCGUCUUGCUAUACAGUCGUCCCUAUUUCAACAUCGAGGUUUCCAUACCUCUGUAGCCUGGAGGAAGGAAGAAUCUAAGCUGGAAAAAACUGUGAAGGCUCUAAAAGAUAGUGCCAAAGAGGCUAAAGAGGAGAAACAACAGGUUGUGCCAGUAGAGGAAGAGACAGCUCUUACUCCAGCCAAGAAAACAUUGACACAACGCUUUGUGGCCGCCUGCAAACAUUACUACCAUGGUUUCAGGCUUUUAUUCAUUGACUUCAGAAUCUGCAGCAAACUGAUAUGGCAAGUUCUUAAUGGGAAAAGUUUGACAAGAAGAGAACAUAACCAGUUGGUGCGGACUACAGCAGACUUGUUCCGACUUCUACCGAUGCUGGUUUUUAUCCUCGUUCCAUUUGCUGAAUUUCUGCUUCCAGUAGUCCUCACCCUAUUCCCUAACAUGUUGCCUAGUACUUUCAAAGAAGAAAAGGAUGAGAAAGAGAAAAUAAAAAAGACUCUAAAAGCCAAAAUUGAGAUGGCCAAAUUUCUUCAGAAGACUAUCAAGGAGUCUCCCGUUGAAGCAAAGAAAAAAGAUGGUCAGACGGCAGAAUCAUUUGGACUUUUCCUUGAUAAGAUUAGGAAAGAAGGAAUAAAACCGAACACUAAAGACAUUAUGAAAUUUGCCAAGCUUUUCGAAGAUGAAAUUACCUUGGACAAUUUAUCCAGACAACAGUUACGAGCUUGCUGUAUCAUGCUGAACAUCACACCCAGAGGAAGUGAUGCCUUGUUGCGAUUUCUGCUGGAAAUGAAACUUCGAGGGUUGUUAGCUGAUGAUAAGAUGAUUCAGAAAGAAGGUCUAGACAGUCUGACGAUCAGUGAGCUGCAGUCAGCCAACAGAGCGCGAGGCAUGCGGGCCCUGGGUGUGUCUGAGAACCGGCUGAGGGACCAGCUGAAGCAGUGGCUGCAGCUCCACCUGGAGGAGCAGAUCCCGCCCUCACUGCUGCUGCUGUCCCGCGCCCUCUACCUGCCCGAGACUUUGUCCACAGAGGAGAAACUCGGCGCCACCAUCACUCAGCUGGCUGAUACUGCUGCGGAUGAAGCCAAGGUGAAGGUGGCAGAGAUGGUGGGUGAGACAGUUGACAACAAGACCAAGUUGGACGUCAUCAAACACGAGGAGGCCAUCAUUGCUGCUGAGAAGGAACAGAUGGCCAAGGAGGAGAAGUUGAUUGAGGAACAGGCAGAACGGGAGAGAGCGGAGGCUGAGGCGAAAGCUGCAGAGACUGCUAUGGAGACUCAGGGUGAAGAUAUUGCCAAAACGCUGGAAACUUCUCCAGAUGAAGUUCUUGUUGACCAUGCUGAAGUGGCACAACCAAGUUCCAGGGAGACUCUCAUGGAUCCUGCUGCCUCUGAGUUCACGGCGAAAGAUUUGGAUGAAAUGGAGUCUGUUCUGGAGGAGGUUGCCAAAGCUAAGAAAAUUGAUAUUGAAGUCGACGCCCUGAAAGGUCUCAAGGAAGAAAUCACUGAUUAUAAAGAGGAUUUGGAGGACCUGAAAGAAGUUGCUGUGGUCAGUGGUUCUGACCAUAAACAGUAUGGGGAAUCAAAGGCUGCGAAACGCCUGGCCAAGAAGGUUUCUCAGAUGAUCUCGCGGCUGGACUCUAAGGUGGUGGACCUGCAGGAGGAGAAGAGCAGCAUCCAGGAGAAAAUGUCUAUGGAGGAGAAAAGUCUGGAGGAGGAGCUGGGGGAUACUCAGCAAGCGCAAGAACAGAUUGAUAAAUACAAGACCAAUAUCAUUUCUAUCAAUGAGAUGGUGGAUGCUCUGAAGCGCUUAAAGAAAAUUCCUGAUGACUCAAAAUUGCUUCGAAUGUUCGAAGUCCUUGAUCAAGAUAAAGAUGGGAAUAUUGAUAUCAAUCAUGCCCUUCAGGUUUUGGAAGUGCUGAGCCAGGAGCACCUCAAACUGAAUGAGCGACAGGUGGAGGAGAUCACCAACCUGCUGAAACAUGAGGCCUUGCUGGAGGAUGAAGAGAGAAGGGAAGAGAAAGAAAAGAAGGAAGAGGAAAACCGCUUGAAAGAGCAAAAGGAACAGCAGCAAAACUAAUGGCUCUAACUGACCACAUCCAGGUUAUUGCUGGAGUUUUGGGAGGGGCAGUGCUGAUUUAAUUUCGAAGUUUCUUCCGUUUUUAAUAGAAUUUUGUUCCCAUUUCUCAGAGACCUCAAUGUGAUUCUUGUGGAGAAAAAUUUCAUGUUGCGUCUCAUGCUGAGUUGGAGGAAGUUUCUUUCUGCACGCAUUUUACAACAUUUUAUUGUAUAGAAGAAAGUUCCUUUUUUUCCCCUUGUGUUGUAUGAAAAAAAUAAGUAUGUUUAGAACAAAUUGUUAAAAUCCAUUCUUGCUGUUCUGUUGUGGUGACAUGUGAUGUUGCUCUUCCUGCUUUUUAUUUGUAACAGUAUUUACUUCUUGAGUCUGAGUUUGAAGUAUUUCCUUAAUGAAAGGACAAAAACUACUCGAAAUUUUCCCCUGAUUUAUAUAUAAUAUCUGUUUCCAUACAUUGUUUUUCCUGCAUGUAAACAUCAUUAAUGUUUGUGAUGAUGAAGUCCAUAGUAUCUCGCCACACGUAUGGCUUUUAUUUUUUUUUUUGUACUGAUGUAUUUGCUUUCACUAUAGGCAAAUGUGGCUACGGGUUUUUAAAAAAUAUGGUAUGUUUAUUCAGAAUCACAUUUUCCUGCUCCCCAAAUACUUUUUACCUUCCUUGAAUUCCUGGGGUCCUUCUCUUCUACUGACCUUGCUUUUUGAUCCUGAGAUGCUGCAAUUGGUAGAAACUUGACACUGUUCGACCGUUAGUCUUAAGCUUUCUGACUGAGUUCCUGUGCACAGUAAAUAUGGCUGUGGUUUUUUACUCGUGUCCCCUGUUUGAUUUAGUGCUAUGUACUAAUGAGAGUCUACACAAGGAUUUUUGGAUAGAUUUGAUUUUUCCUUUUAUUGUGUUUCCUUCUUGAAUCUGUCUUUCAUCCUUCACUGUUUCAACCUCUGUGUUUUAUGCCUUAACUGCACUAUUAUCUGUCUGCUGAGCAUAAAUAUGUGUGGCAGUUUGCUGUUUUUAAUUUUCCAUUAGAAUACCAAGGUGUUUAGUUUUCCUUGGGCUACUAAUAAUUGUAUUCUCUUUGAGCAGACAUCUGAUACUAAAAGAUCUGUGGUCAUUUGCCGUGUGCAAUUAUUAUCUCAUAGCAAACCCACUUUGAAGUUUCAUGACAUGUAAUGUUGUCUUUAAACAGGUCUGAAUCACUUUCUCUUCAGAUUUAGUUUGGUUGACCUGUUUCACUCUUGAGGUCAUCAUAGAGUAGAGACUAGAGUCUAGAUGUUUACCCUUCAGUGCCAUCCAUGAUCUUGUUUGUAUUCGUCUUUAAGUACAUAAUUGCCUGAUAGUUUUCAAGAGAGAGUUGUUAUGUGUUGCUAUUUUCUUGGCAUUAGACUCUAAGAUAUUCUCUUCCUCUGAACUAUUUCCAACUUUUUGGAAAAGGAGUGGAAAUUGAAAUCUCGCCCUGAAAUUUAUUAUCGAACUCUUUUUGAAUAGGCUCGUAUUUCUCAGGUAAAGAAAGCAUUUGUUUUGUGUGAACAAUGGGCUUGUUUUGAUUUAAUUUUGUUGAUGAGUUCAGGUAGCUUUGAUUUUGAUCUUUGGCCUAUGUUCUGGUGAGAAUUGAGCCCUGGGGGAUGAAAUGGUGCAUUGAGCAACGCUGUGCAGUCCGACAUGUAUACAUUUGGAGAAAAGUUCCAGACACAUCCCGGUAACCACACCUUACAUGGAAAGAUGUAACAUUGUGAUUUGUUUUUAUUAUUUGAUGACUGAUUUAUACACGUGCUUCUGUAUCUGCAAGUCAUUCUGGUUGGACGCUUAUAUAUUAUUUUUCACAGUGAACUGCGUGAAUGUAUCAUUGGAUCUGAUGAAACUGAUGUAAGUGUGUGGAAAGAGAUUGAGACUGCUGUUUUGUUUUUGUGCAAGGUGAUUUUUAUCAUGUCAAUUCAGUCACAGUCAUUGCAAAGUAGAAGAGUUCAUUUGGACUGCUCAGUGUAAGACCGCGUCAAACAUCACUAUUUAAGGUGGCUUUUAGCAGAGACUAACACUAAUCAGUCGAUUUAAUUGUGUCCCCGUUGGCGAGGUAUUGUUAUUUGUGGCUUCAUCAAUAAGAAAAGUUUCUGAAGGUGUUGCUUCAGCUCAUUUGUUCAGGACUUUACUGUCAGUUGUUUUUUUUAAAGGAAGCUUGUGUUUAGAUUGUGGCUGUACUUGUGUCUUUUUCCAUCCUGCUUUUUUAAAUGAGGGAUUGUAUACAAUGUACAUCUGUUAGAAUAAAUGGAGUCUGCAGCAUUUCCCAUCCAUAAGACAAACGUCUCAAAGAUUUUCUCUAAUGUGACAAGUCUGGUAUUUGACAUAAUGCUUUCUAAUUGUUACUAGUGUCAUUUUUUUUUUUACUGUUACUGCUGUUUCAAGCACUUCACUGAAUGAUAUAAUCAGAAAUUCCUUGAUAUUCGAGACAGUUGCUGCAGUGCAGUGUUGUUGCCGUUCUCUGUAUUAUGCCAUUUGAUCCUGGGUGUAAAAAUGAAACAGAAAAAAGCUGUUUAAGUUUGGCAUUGAACUGAUGUUCUCAGUUGCAUUUUUGUUAUCCACAAAGUUUGGUAGUUGUUAGAAGUACUUCCACUUUUCAGCUUAAGGAGAAAACAGAAAGAUUUUAUUUAGGGACUUAACAUUCUUAGCUGUAAAUUGAAAUAGCGACGGAGACAAAAUACUGCUGAGGUCAGGUAGAUAAAAUAGACUUCAGGAGAAUGCUCAGACUUCUCUGAGAUGUGAGAGAGAUCACAACGAAGAUGCUUCUUCCUUAGUUCUCUUGCUGCCUCGUCACCUGGCCAGUUUUUACUCAUCACUACACUGUCUAAGGCAGUUGAUAGCAUUUUCGAUAGUAAUGAGGAUUCCAUAACGUACUAUGAGUAUGAGUUUUCCUGCUUGUAUAGUACGAUUAUGUUGGUUUUUUGUCGUAUGUCAUAGAGCAAGAAGAUUGCUGCUUAAAAGAGGUUUGACCUUUGAAUGAUCUUGAUGUCUUUUGUGUUUCGAUUAAGUCAUUCCUUGCACGAAUCUUCUUUUUAUGACACCUCUGGGAGCAAGGCGUUUUCAGGGGGGACUUGCAUGAUGAUAAGUUGGAAAAAAGCUGAGUUUUCUAUCAUGGGAGACAUGGAUGGGAUUAUCACUUUUACUUUCACUUUGAAUAAAGUAUGAAGAGGUUUUUGCUGCUUGAUGUCAGGCUUAAAAAUUAAGAUGCGAUUGUGAUGUAAUCAAAAUGUUUCAACCCUUCACACCAGUAUUGGUAUAAGACCACAGUAAGCUGUGCGCAAAUGGGUGUUUUUCUGCUGUACUUUAAAUUUGAGACAGUACUUUUAUUAGUGUGAUCUAAAUUGUAAAAACAGUUUUUUUAUCUGUACAUAGCAGUUCCCACUUUUUUAAAGAUUUAAAUAGUCGUGAACGAGUAUGUACUGAAUUGCAUUCUGAAAAUCCUUUUUGAUAUUGAAAAUCAAGGAAAUGAAGUUCUUAACCUGUGGACUUGCUUUGUGGGAAAUGAUGAAUUUUCCUGUUGUACAUGUAUAUAUUUAUGUUGAGAAAUACUGUCUUGGGUAUGUUUGUAGCUUUGAAUUUUGUUUUUCUUUUCCGUUUUGCUGCCUAUUCUCCUUUUUUUUUCUUCCUGAUUUUAAGACUGUAUUGCUCCUCCUUAUGAAAAAAUCCACAUGAGGUAGCCCUAUAUACUUCAAAUAUUGUUCCCUUUCUUGACUGAAAUUUCCAAAAGUCCAAGAAAAUUAAACACACAUUGAAUGUGUAAACUGGGCAUUUUAGCAUUGUUAACAUUAUAUAGAUAUCUUUGAUAAUAUUCAGCACAAUUUUGUUAUGAUAAAGGGCUUGAUUGAAGGAGGAACAGGGUUUUUUUCUUCUCACAUGUUGAUUUUAGCAUUUAAAAUUUGCCAAUCUUUGCCUCAUCAAACACCAGGUGCGAACAUUGUUCUUGCAACAGUGGUACUACCCUUGUCAUGCAGCUUGACCUGUAGUGGUAGGGUGUAACAUCUUCUGGCAGUGCAAGUUAACUCAGUUUAUGCAUACACACUGAUAACUUUUGUUGUUUAUUCCCAGCUGUGGGUUCCGUGAUUUUAGUUUUUGCUUGUGUUGCAUGAUGUCAGUUCAAGUUGCCAUAGACUAAAUUUAUACACGUGUGUUCUCAUUUUUUAAAUUCCGAGAUAUAAAAGCUUGUACCUAUAACUAAGACAGUGACUUAUCAGACAGACUGCUCCACUGUUUUGUAGGAUGCUAUGAUCUAGCAGGUAACAAUAAUUAACAGACCAUAAUAAUAUGUAAUUUACAUAGUGCAGUUUCAGUACAUGUAUAUGUUUGCAUACCCAUUUAUCAGUGGCCAUAUGGAAUGUAUACAAAUAAAUAUACAUUCUCUCAUGAACUCUCAGCUCUUUUACUCACAUGUUGCCCACCUUCACACGCAGAUAUAGACAUACAAGUGUUUCUAGAGGUACUAAUGAAGGUAUGUAAUCCUGACUGUAACAUCGCACAAAGCAACAAAGUUUUCCAGAGAGUCGGGAUCAUAUCACAUUUUCCUGUGGAAUUGCACAUAAUCAACAGAAUAGGAUGUCUUAUAGUCCACAGUGGCUGACAACAGACCCCACACUACUGUGUGUGUACCCGAAGGCCGGUGUCCAUGCCAUAUGCUGUGAUUGGCAUAAAUUUUGGAGUCCACGUGUCCGUUGUCAAGUAUCAUUGAUUUAUGUGUCAGCAUGCCACACCUCACUUAUUACACAGGACUUUUAGAAAUUAAAAAAAUAAUAAUAAAACAGUGAGCCUACAAAAUA